UUGGGACGGGACUGCUUUGCAUGUAUUUUUGAUCCAAGGAUUUUGAAGCAUCUCAUGCUCGAUGAUCGCCUGUGUUCAGCCACCUGCACCCUCUUGAAAUAUUGGCAGUGCUACUAGUAUUUCAGAAAUUUCAGGCAGUGGCGAGGAGAAGUAAAGCUGACGGAACAACGAUCUAGCUAGUGGUACUCCUUGGUCAUUACUUUGCUCCCCUAUCGAGGUGUAAUUUCGGAAAGGUCAUGGAGAUGUUUGCUGCACGCUCGCUUCUGAGGUUUCCCGGUGUGCUCCGUGGUGCGGUUCAGACACAAGCAAGUUUGUCUGCUCGCUGUUUCUCAGCAUCGGCAGCUCGUCAUGCUGUUUCUGCGGCUACAGUUUCUCUGCGCGCUGGCGUUCCGUCAGUAACAAUACGUCUUCCAGGCUCGGAUGAUGCGUGCAUGUUUGCCUGCCCUCCGUUGACGCAUAAAGUCUCCGACUUGGUUCAAGAAAUCAAAGCUCAGGAUAAAUCUAUCGAUGUCGUGUCAAUUCGAACGUCAGAGGGAGAGGUUCUGGCUGAUGGAACAACGACGGGAAUUCUGCUUCGGUCAGAUUUCGUUAUCCAGCUGGAUGGUGCCAGUUUUCCUGUGACUGUGCCAGAAGAAGUUCGUAACUGCGUUGAGCAUCUGGACGACGUACGGUCCUUAGUGUCUCGACUGCACACAGCACUAAAAAUUGCUGAAUUUGAUAAGACUCAUCAGGAGUCGCUGAAAACUCGCCUGUCUGAGGUGGACUCUGAGCUGAAUCCAUUGCACAGCACAUACGAAGAUCUGGCAGCAAAGGCGCGCACCCGCAACAAUGUUAUGGUGUGGGGAGGCCUGGGAUUCAUGGGUGCUCAAUUCGGCUUGCUAGCUCGGCUCACGUGGUGGGAGUACAGCUGGGAUAUCAUGGAACCAGUCACGUAUUUUGUAACGUACGGUACUGCCAUCUUCUGCUACGCUUACUUUGUCCUCACACGGGAAGACUAUACUUUCCCGGCGGCCCGUGAUCGCAACUUCUUGCUCAACCUGCACAAAUCGUUCAAGAAAUCAGACUUCCCCGUCGAGAAGUACAACGAACUCAUCAGUGAGUCGGCAAAGAUCAGAGACGCAUUGGAACGCAUGAAGGACCCGGUUCAGGCACCGGAGGAGCUGCGCAAGCGCGAAUCCUCUGUAUGAUGCUGAUGGCUCUCGACUGAACAUUAGUGGAUGUUUGCAUUGUGCGUGCAUGACCUUUUUGCCUGACAAACCUAGCAUUUUCCUGUCCGUUUUGCAGCCGUCUUGAAUAGUUGUGAUACGCUCUUCAUCUGUGUACUACUGAUAUUUUCGUCUUACUCUCGUCAUUGCUACUCUAGGCUGUUGGCUGUACAGUUUUUUCUCGCAAGCAUAUGCGGUUAUCGUCACCGUAUAUAUAUAACCAACUUGCUGUGUAUAAGCUUUAGAGCCUGUUCGAAUUAAUUGAGAUUCUUGCUUUUUAAUUCUGUGUACUUUCUUUUUUAGGAGCUGUGAUGUAGAUUCCACCGUCAUUACCCAUUAGCCUACAUGCAGGUGCACAUUGUUUCUCUUUUAGGUGCUGCAGCUGUUAGUUUCUUCUCGUUGUCCCCUCGUUUUAGCUCGCAUCUCCGUUUGGCAUAUUUGAACAGCGUGCCAUGUAUUGGAUCUUCUAUCCGGACAAUAUCAGAACACAUUCGAAUGUUUCUUCGCGUGAA